AUGGUAAAAAAGGAAAAUGAAGAGAAUAUUGCCCAAGAAAACAAAGAAAAGGAGAAGCCGAAAAAUGCAAAUGACAAAGCUGACCCUUUAUUAAAAUUAAAAGAAGAAAGAGAAAAAUUAAUCCAGUGGUCAAAAAAAUUAAAAAAUAAUAAUUGUUCAUUUAUGAGUUCUGAUAAACUUGAUACUGAGAAAAGUGAAAAGGUCUAUUCUAGUAAUGAUGAAUAUUAUUAUGAUGAAAAAAAUAAACUAAAUCAUAAUGAUAACAAGGAUAAUAUGAACAAUCAUAAGAAAAAUAAUGAUAAUAAAAAUAGAAAGAAAGAAAAUUAUUUAAAGAACUCCUCAUACAAUAACUUAUCAGAUGACAAGAAAGACCAUAUGGAUCCUAUGUUAUAUCAAUCGAUUCAAAAAAUAAAAGAAAUUAAAAAUAAUAACUAUGAUAAUGAUAUAUUUGAUGAAGAAAGUAUUUAUGAUGAUUAUAAUAUAAAUAAAAUAAGAAAAACUAAAAAAAAAGAUAAAAAUAAUAACUGGCAAAAUAAUUCGUUUCAAAAUAAUUCAUCUGAGAGUAACAAUCAGUAUUAUAUAUUUACAAACCGUGAGAAUAACAAAGAUACUUUAAAUAAUGUGUUUAAAAGUACAAAUAAUCAAAAAGAUGAGUCCAAUUUGAAUUAUCUACAUAGUGAUGAUGAAGUAUUUAUGGAUAACUCUUCUGAUCAGAAAAAAACGAAAAAUAAAAUAAAAAUAAAUAACAAUGAUAAUAAUAAUAAUAAUAUGAAGAUGAUGAUGAAACCAAACCUUUAUCAUUCAAGUAAUGAUAAUUUUAUAAAUAUGAAUGAAAUGGAUAAUUCUUCAAACAUUAUAAAAGAAAAGGAUUCAAAUUUCAUAAGUAACAAUAAUUAUAAUAAAAUAUUAAACGAUACUUUUUUAAAAAAUAACUCAGAUAUUAUUAUAAGAGAACCAUUUUUCAAAACAUCUAAAUAUGGAAAACAAAACGAAAAAAAUGAAAAUUUUGAUGAACAAUUAAAAGGAAUAUCAAAUGAAAACAAUAUGAAAAAUAGCUAUUUAGAUAAUAAAAAAAAAAUAAAACUAACAAAAAAAAAAAAGAAACAAACAAUUAAUUUGUAUAAUAAUGAUAAACAUGAUAUUUCUAAUAUAUAUGAUCAAAAUAAUAUAUCUAAUCCAUAUAAUAUAUAUAGCUCAUCUAUACCCCAUAUAGGUUUUUCUUCUAAUGUUAAUAAAUUAUCAAAUGAAAGUGUACAAACAUAUGUACCCACAGGAUCUUUUGUUAAUUCUAAAGAUAAUUCUACAUGCACAACCAUUUUAUCUAAUAAUGAAAUGAACACUAAUGAUAAUAAUUUAACAAAUAGCGGAGCUAAACUAAAAAAUAUACAAACUAAAAAAAUGAUAAACUUAUUAGAAAACAAAGUAAGAACAUUAGAAAGUAAAAAACUUAAUUUAAAUGACAAAAUGAAGGACCUACAUGAUAAUGCAUAUAUGUUAAUAGAAUCAAAAGAAAAAGACAAUUUAACCAUACAACAUUAUGAAACAUUAAUAAAAAAUUUAGAGAGCAAAUAUAAUAAAUUAUUUAAUAUGUAUCAAGAAUUAGAUGAACAUCGUAUAUCAUAUGUUGAUGCUUAUAGAGAAAAGCAAACGAAAAUAGAAAACUUAUGUGCAAUUUUACAAAUAAAAAGUGAAGAAAAUCUAAAACUAACACAAGAAAUAAAUAUUAUUAAUAAGAAAAAUGAACAAUUACAAGGUCAAAUUUAUGAAUACAUUAAAGAUGUUGAAGAUAAAGAAACAGAUUUAAAUAAAAAAAAAGAAGAAUGUGUUAUUUUAAAAAAUAAUCUUGAAACAGUUACAAUGGAAAAACAUGACUUUAAAAAACAACUAGAAGAAAAAACAAAACAAUAUAAUGAUUUACAAAAUAAUAUGAAAACUAUAAAAGAACAAAAUGAACAUCUCAAAAAUAAAUUCCAAUCUAUGGGAAAAACUAACGAUCAUACAAAUAAUUUCUUUAUACCCAAAAUUGAUAAUCUUAUAUAUAUAUUAAAUAAAAUGUUACAAGUAUUUAAAUUAAAUGAACAAAAUAUAUUAGAUUAUGCAACCUUCUUUAAACAAAAUGCAACUGUUAUAGAACAAAAAUUAUUAAAUAAUGAUAAUAUUUGUAAUGAUAUUAUACAAAUUAUUGAUAAAAAUUUAGUUAACCCUAUUAUUGAUGUAGUAAAUCAAAGAGACCAACAGUAUAUACAAAAACAAAAUGAAUUAAAAAUGAAAUUUGAUGAUGAUAUCUUAAAAAUAUAUGAACAAAAUAUAAACAACGUAGAAUUGGCAAACAAACAUAUAGAAGAAUUAAAAAAAUUAUUAAAAACCAUAACUAUUAAAAAAAAUCGAAUUAAACAAAAAGCCUUAUUACUUUCAUAUGCUCAGGGAAGAUUAAAUGAAAAACCCAUAUUAAAAGAAAUUAAAAAUAUGAAUAUUGGAUCUCCAUUAUUUAAAUGUAAAUAUAAUAGUUAUUCUCAUAAACCUGUACAAAUAUAUAUCAAAAUUGUCGACAAUAAAUAUAUUACCUGGACAAAGAAUGUGAAAGGCAAAAAGGGAUUUAAGAAAAGGAAGCUCAUAGAUAUACAGGAUGUCAUAAAUGUGGACUAUGGGCUUAAUAGCAGACCUGUUUACUGGCUCAUUGAAAAGCAAAAUCAAAAGAAAUUGCAAAAGAAAAAAAUAAAUUUAAAUGAAUUUUAUGAAAACAAUCCAUAUAAUAUAAAUCCAUAUAAUUGCUUUACCUUAUACACAAAGGAGAGAACGUAUGAUUUUUUUUCAGAUGACGACGAAGUUGUGGCUUCUUGGGUAAUUGGACUUGGCCUCUUAUCUUAUCCAUAUAAUAAAAGUCCUAGUAUACAAUCAAGAUCAGAAUUUAUAAUUAAGAGAGUUCAAUUAAAAUUAAAAUUAUAUUGUAUUAGAAAUAAUAUGAACUAUGUAAAAUUGUGGAAAAAUGCUAUUAAAAAAACACAACAACAAAGGGAAGUACAACAUAUGGAGAAAUAA